CGAGCACAUUUAGGGCGGGCUGGUAGGCAUGAAAAGAGUACAAAUCCUGGUUCUAACCUGUCACAUUAUCUUGAACAUAGCACAACAACAUGGAAGAAGAAAACAAUUCGACAGCCAUGGAUCAAUGCAGAACCUGGCCAUUGACAGCCAUUGAUGAAUGAUGACAACCUAAGCUAAGCUCUCUUAACAACGAAGAAGUUUUAAAUGCGGUCGCAGUUCCCAGGGAAAAAGCUUCCAGACCAAACCCAAGCAAAACAAAACCAAAAGCCAAAAGGAAACCUAUCGCCAACGCAGCCUCAGUUCGUGUCCCAGAAAUGGCAGCAACACAACCCCAACGCCAAAACCAAGAACCAGACCAAGAAGAACGAGGAGUCGUAGGAGAAGAAGAGGAAGAAGAAGGGCAGCAGGGGAAGCUUCUGCUGCCGGCCACUCUUUCUUCCUACCUGGGUCUCAGCUUCUCUCUCUUCCUUGCCCUUCUUCCCAAGAAUUCCCUUGCCCUUAAGUCCCAGAACAGAGAGCUUGCCCUGAGGCUGGUCCAGGCGGAGGAGCAGCUCCGGCAGAUGCGCUCGAGGCGGAAGGAGGACUCCAAGGCCAACGCCCGGGUGGUGGAGAUCUUCGCGAGCCACCGCCAGGCGUGGCAGGCUGAGGAGCGGCGCCUGGCCCAGCGGCUGGACUCUGCAGCCGAGGAGAUCGAGCGGCUGCUCUCCCGCGUGGCGGAGCUGGAGCAGGCCGAGGCCGAGUCGAGGGCCCGGGCCGAGGAGCUCGAGAGGGAGAGGGAGGAGAUUGCGGUGAUGGGUUUCGCCGGCAACGGGGCUAGGAUUCCGGAGGAAGAGGAAGAGGAAGGGGAAGGGGGUGAAGAAGGGGAGAGGAGUUGUUAUGAUGUGGAUGAUGGGUUGGGAGAAGUGGGAGGGAUUGAGUUUGAACAGAUUCAUCAGUUUCUGCUCCAUCAGAGGCAGGUUGGGAGUGGGCUGAGCUCUUCUGAUGAGUUCUUGGGGCCAUCUGCUGCUUCCAAGUUCUGGUCUGAUAGGCCUAAUCAUCCAUGGCAGGAUGUACACUGCGAAUCUCUUGAACCAAUGUACCAGACGAAACAUUUUGUUGCAAGGGAGUCUCCUUGGAAAGUUGAUGGUGACUCGACUGGUGUCUCUUCUAAGCUAAAGCUACUCGAGCAGGAGCUAAUAAACUUGGAAAAGGUCGGCAAGGGUGACCUCACGAAGGUGCCUUCACUAAUGAGGAAGCAGGCUAAGAGGUAUCAAGCCUUAGCAGGGAAAAUCGACGAUCUAUGCAGAAGGAUGCAAGCAAGUGAUCCCUGCGAGCCCAACUUGAGCUCAGAGUUCCGAACUCAGAGACAGACUGAGUUCCUUCUAGAAGCUUUCCGGCUACAGCAGCGAGCAUCUGAAACAGGACUAAAGCUGAUGGCAUUACAUACCGAAGUUGGGAAGAGCUAUUACAGAGAAGACCAGGGCAGUGAGGCCAAAGUGACCACAAGACAGUCCAUGGACUCGAUCAGAAACAACCUCAAGGAGAUUCAGAGGAACUUGGAGAUUUGGCUGGCCCGAAUAAUCGGAGAUCUCGAAGGGAUCUUGGCCAGAGACGGAGCAUCCCGUGUGAGAGAAUAUUAUAUUUCUCGGUACCCUUUCGUUCAGUAGGUUAGAUCUCUCAGCUGGUGCUUGAUCUCUACUGACUGACCGCCGAAUGUAUCCUCUUUUGCAACUAUGUAUAUCCAUGGAAUGGAAGGCGUAGAUUUUGUUUUUGUUGGCUUCUGUUUGAUCUACCUCUCUUCAAAUUGUAAUUAUGUCACUCAGCAUUGCGGCAUUUAACUGAUUAAGAUUGGAAAUCUACUACGAUAAGUUGCGUUACGGUA